CUCUUGUACCGUGGACUCGCCCGUUAACGCUUCUGGUGUUGUGAGCGGUCACGUGGCUCGUGUUGCUGUGAUUUUUCUCCGUUUCCCGACAUUUGGAUUAUUUUAUUAUCAGAAAUAAACGGAAUGCGGAUUUACACGGUCGUGUCCAGGAUUUUACACCGUGUGAAAAACGUGUGGGUUUCAUAUGCAGAGAGGAAGUGCUGAGGAAGUGCUGAGAGCUUUUGUUCACCGGUCACACACACACACACACACACACACACACACACACACACACACACACACACACACACACACACACACCAUGUCAUUCUCUGAUCUGGAUUACAUCCCUCCGUGGUGGAUUUAUUGGCUUCACCAGUUUCCUCACAUCAAUCUGAGACUCCAGCAAAUCAACAAUACCUUCAACCUUCAGGAGGAAAACUACCAGCAGUCUCUGCUUUUCCUGGUGUGUGUGUCCUCGGCUGCCCUCGGUGUGAAUCUCCUCGCACUCGCUCUCUAUCUGAGUUUCCUGUGCUGCUGUCAGACCAACAGAGAAGCUGAUGAUGAGGAAGAGACAAAGAAACCAAACUCACACUGCAUCACCUGGAUGGCCGUCAGUGCUGGACUUCUCAGCUGCAUCGCAGUUGGGGUGGGUUUCUAUGGUAACAGUGAAACCAACGAUGGAGUGUACCAGCUAACCUACUCCCUGUACAACACCAACCGCACACUGGUGGGAGUGGAAACUCUGGUUUCUUCUACACUGGGUGGGAUUCAGAGCGGGAUGAAGGAACACUUGUCCAGAUUGGACGAGAUUUUUGCCACCCAAGGUGACUUUGUGAAGACCCUGAAGUUCAUGCAGCAGAUGGCGGAGAGCCUCGUUAAGCAGCUGUUGGGAUUGCCGGACUGGCAGCAGGCCAACGUGGACCUGACUCACAUCGCUGACCACACCGCAGCCGUGGAGUACUACAGGUGGCUGACAUAUCUGCUGAUUCUCAUAGUUGAUCUGCUCAUUUGUCUGUUGGCGUGUCUCGGUCUGGCCAAGAAAUCGCGCUGCCUUCUAACAACCAUGAUGGUGUUUAGUAUGCUCAUUCUGAUAGUGAGCUGGGCGUCUCUGGGAAUCGAAGUAGCGACGGCUGUGGGUGUCAGUGAUUUCUGCGUGUCUCCAGACAUGUUCAUCAUGAACCAGACUAAAGACACAAUUAGCUCAGAUAUUGUUCAGUAUUAUCUGUCCUGCAGUCAGACGCUUCCCAAUCCGUUCCAGCAGUUUCUCCUGCAGUCUCUGACAAUCAUCCAGAGAUCUCUGAGUGUCAUGCAGAUUCAGGUUCAGGGGUUAUUACAGUUCGCUGUGCCUCUCUUCCCUACAGCUGAGAGUGAUCUCCAAGGUCUUAAGCUCAUGUUGAACAGUUCUGAAGCGAAACUCCAUCAGAUUACUGCUCUACUCGACUGUAGGGGAAUCAAUAAGGACUAUCUGGAUGCUGUCAUGGGUGUGUGUUAUGAUGGUGUAGAAGGAUUGCUGUAUCUCAGUCUUUUCUCUCUGCUGUCCAUCACUGCAUUCUGCACCAUGAUGUGUGUGAUUCCUCGAGCAUGGAGACAAAUCAACAACCGAGAAGGGCAUUAUGGGGAUUUUGAGGACUCAGACCCCUUCAGCUCUCGAGCUCAGACUGAGAACUUGCACACCUUUUACAGCUACAGCAGCAGCCAGAACAGCCUUCACUCACCACCGGCUCUGCCCACCUCCAACGUUAACCAGUCGUCCGUGUUUGGAGGAAACGCCCGCUUUGAAGACGCCCCUCUAAUAAACCGAGGUUCUCCCCCCCCCUCAUAUACUCCCACUAUGCGAGCCAAUUACCUUUCCAUGACAGAAGAUCAGAUGAGACACUUUGGAGACGAUUUUAGGGCCUGAACCUCUUCAUUCUCUACAAAGUGUGCAGUAUGUGUGUUAAUAUCUAUGGCCACGUGUCCCCAUGAGGAUAGAAAUAUCUGACAGUUUCACCUUGUGGGGACCUGUUCUGUUACUCAGUGGUUUUUUAACUGAAACAUUUCCUUUUGGAUGCAGACGUUAGAUUAGAGUUAGGACGAGUGUAGUGUUAAUGAGCUGUAUUAAUGAUAACAGUGGAAAGUUCUCACAAGGACACAAGUCUGUGUGUGUGGGUGUGUGUUGGUGUGGGUGGGGGUGGGUGUGUGGUCCUCACAAUCUCAGGACUUUUGAUGUAAUUCAGUCCUAUAAACUACUGAUUAAUAAUUUUUUUACACAUUGAUCUCCAGCUGUAUCUUGUUACUAAAGUUGUUAACAUGAUUGUUUUUAUUAUAUAUCUUUUGGUAACAUACUGAAACAUUAAAAUACUAAAUGUGAAACUGUGUCCAAUGAAAGACAACAAACAUCAACCUUGUUCAGAACUCACACCUGAAUCUUCUGCCUUCUGAGCCUCGAGCCACAGGAAAGCGUUUAAACUCUCACUUUAUUCUCUCUCUUUAUUCUGGUUAUGUUUCAGAGAUCGUUGAUUUUCUUACGCAAAUUAUACGCAAAUCCAAAUGAACAGCUUGAUCUCAUAGCUUCAGGGGAGAGUGUGUAUUUAACACAGUGAGCUUGCGAUGCUAAUCUAGUCUGAGAGAAGCUGAGCACAUAACACAAAUCACAGUCCUGAUUUUUAUUUACAUAUAAAACAUCUGCUUCCACUGGACAGGCCACGCCCACUAGUGAUAUUAGUAGUGGUUGCUUCACACCUACAAGACACACAUUAAAGGCAACAGGUUACUGGUGUAAAUGACCCUUCAUACAGUAGUGUGGAGCUGAUCAUACAGCUGUAACCCCAAAAUAUCCUGAUACUGAUACUCAGCAUUUUGUUUAUGUAGCAUAUAUGUAGCGUCGUUAUGAACUACUGAGAUGCAAACUUUAGUGCACCACCUCAAACAGCUGCUGAGAGCUUAACACUGGUCUGGAGCUGGACUAGUUUAAUAUUCUAACAUAUCAUUACACUUCAUUGUGGCUGCUAAACACAAAUGGAUUAGAUCAGAUGUCUUUGUACUAGUCAUAUAAUAGUCCAUAGUUAAAUAAGACUUUUUACUAAGUUUACUCUAGAAACUAUUGGUACAGUUACGAUGUGACCACUGGUAAAGGGUUUAACUGCUAACUGCUUUGCUAUCUAACUACCACAGGUUUCUAAUUAGCGUGUAUUCGGACUGUGCAUUAUUUUAAUAUUCUGUUGUGUUCUAGUUCGCCACUUGCUGCUAAACUCUACUCGGUUCAUUAAUUGCCACAUUUAUGUUGUCUCAGCAGAUGAAGUAGUUGGUAAUUAUGUAGUAGAAUUGUGUGUUUUUCUGAGGAAACUCUCAGAAAUAUGUUUCAGAGUAAAGGUACCACAGUAAUACGUCGCUGAGGUUGUUUUUGUAGAGCCUUUAGUGUGGAUUAGAUUAGUGCUGUUAGCACAUGUGUGAUGCAGUUUGGAGCGUAGCUUGUGCACAUCUUCACAAAUCAACACUACAUGUCCAAGUGGUGCGAUACCUCCAUGGUCCGACUUCAAACAAUAAAAGUAAGGUUUGGUACCUGCAUAUCCCAGAGUGUAGCAUGGUCAUGACUUCAAUACACUUAGCUAGCUAGCUAGCCUCCUAAAUGGUGUGGUUUGGGAUUCAGGUCAUGAUUACUCACAGCUUUUAUUUUUUAUUUUCAUUAUAAGACAAUUCCAUAUUUUAAAAUAUUUUAUUAACUUGUUACUAACAUUUUGUAAAUAAAUUGUAUAAUAACACGCUGUAA